AUGGCGGACUCGGACGACCCCCCCCGGCUCCACGUCGGAGAGGCCGGCGAGGCCCAAGGCGAAGAGGGCUCCCCUCAGAACGACGCUUUCCCCCUCUCGUCUCUGGCCAACCUGUUUGAGAACGAGGAUGGCCCCUGCCCCGCUGAGGCGGCCCGGCUCCCCCCCGGCUCAGGGGACAGCAAGCAGCAAAACCUGCGUAUGAAAUUCCAUGGGGCCUUCAAAAAGGGCGUGCCCAACCCCAAGGACCUGCUGGAGUCCACCAUCUACGAGUCCUCUGUCGUCCCAGGGCCCAAGAAAGCCCCCAUGGACUCGCUUUUCGAUUACGGCACAUACCGCCAGCACCCCAACGAGAACAAGCGCCGGCGCAAGAGGAUAGGGGAGAAGCAGACCCACAGCCCAAAGGCCCCGGCCCCCAACCCGCCUCCAGUCCUCAAGGUGUUUAACCGGCCCAUCCUCUUCGACAUCGUGUCCCGGGGUUCAACCGCCGGCCUGGACGGGCUCCUCCCCUUCCUGCUGACCCACAAGAAGCGCCUGACCGAUGAGGAGUUUCGAGAGCCCUCCACGGGGAAGACCUGCCUGCCCAAAGCGCUGCUGAAUCUGAGCGGGGGCAAAAACGACACCAUCCCCCUGCUGCUGGCCCUCGCGGAGCAGACGGGCAACAUGCGGGAGUUCAUCAACUCGCCCUUCCGAGACGUCUACUACCGAGGCCAGACGGCGUUGCACAUCGCCAUUGAGCGUCGCUGCAAGCACUACGUGGAGCUGCUGGUGGAGAAGGGGGCGGACGUGCACGCCCAGGCACGCGGCCGCUUCUUCCAGCCCAAGGACGAGGGCGGGUACUUCUACUUCGGCGAGCUGCCCCUCUCCCUUGCCGCCUGCACCAACCAGCCGCACAUCGUCAACUACCUCACGGAGAACGCGCACAAGCAGGCAGACCUGCGGCGCCAGGACUCGCGGGGCAACACGGUGCUGCACGCCCUGGUGGCCAUCGCCGACAACACCCGGGAGAACACCAAGUUCGUCACCAAGAUGUACGACCUGCUGCUGAUCAAGUGCGCCAAGCUCUUCCCCGACAACAACCUGGAGGCCCUGCUCAACAACGACGGCCUCUCGCCCCUCAUGAUGGCGGCCAAGAUCGGCAAGAUCGGGAUGUUCCAGCACAUCAUCCGCAGGGAGAUCACGGAUGAGGACGCCCGUCACCUCUCCCGGAAGUUCAAGGACUGGGCUUAUGGGCCCGUCUACUCCUCGCUGUACGAUCUCUCCUCACUGGACACCUGUGGGGAGGAGGUGUCUGUCCUGGAGAUCCUAGUGUACAACAGUAAGAUUGAGAACCGCCACGAGAUGCUCGCCGUGGAGCCCAUCAACGAGCUGCUGCGCGACAAGUGGCGGAAGUUCGGGGCCGUCUCCUUCUACAUCAGCGUGAUCUCCUACCUCAGCGCCAUGGUCGUCUUCACCCUCAUCGCCUACUACCGCCCCAUGGAGGGCACGCCGCCGUAUCCCUACACAACGACCAUCGACUACCUGCGCCUGGCCGGGGAGAUCAUAACCCUCUUCACCGGAGUCUUGUUCUUUUUCACCAAUCUAAAGGAUCUGUUUAUGAAGAAAUGUCCAGGGGUGAAUUCGUUCUUUAUAGACGGCUCCUUCCAGCUGCUCUACUUCAUCUACUCGGUGCUGGUGAUCAUCACGGCAGCGCUGUACCUGGCGGGGAUCGAAGCGUACCUGGCUGUCAUGGUCUUUGCCCUGGUCCUGGGCUGGAUGAACGCACUUUACUUCACCAGAGGCCUGAAGCUUACAGGGACCUACAGCAUCAUGAUUCAGAAGAUCCUCUUCAAAGACCUUUUCCGGUUCCUCCUGGUCUACGUGCUCUUCAUGAUCGGCUAUGCUUCAGCUCUGGUCUCGCUCCUGAACCCCUGUGCCAGUGCCGAGGCCUGCAACAAAGACAAGUCCAACUGCACGGUGCCCGCCUACCCGUCCUGCCGGGACAGCAAGACCUUCAGCAACUUCCUGCUGGAUCUCUUCAAGCUGACCAUCGGCAUGGGCGACCUGGAGAUGAUCGAGAGCGCCAAGUACCCCGGCGUCUUCGUCAUCCUGCUGGUCACCUACAUCAUCCUCACCUUUGUGCUGCUCCUCAACAUGCUGAUCGCUCUGAUGGGGGAGACGGUGGGGCAGGUCUCCAAGGAGAGCAAGCACAUCUGGAAGCUACAGUGGGCCACCACCAUCCUGGACAUUGAGAGGUCCUUCCCGGUGUUCCUGAGGAAAGCUUUCCGCUCGGGGGAGAUGGUCACCGUGGGGAAGGGCACCGAUGGCACGCCGGACCGGAGAUGGUGUUUCAGGGUCGAUGAGGUGAACUGGUCUCACUGGAACCAGAAUCUGGGCAUCAUCAACGAGGAUCCAGGCAAGAACGACACCUACCAGUAUUACGGGUUCUCCCACACAGUGGGCCGGCUGCGCAGAGAUCGCUGGUCGAGUGUGGUGCCCCGGGUGGUGGAGCUGAAUAAGAGCUCGCAGCCGGAGGAAGUGGUGGUCCCGCUGGAGAACAGGGGGACGUCCGACAUGCACGACUGGAAGCAAGGGCAUCCCUCGGGCUGGCGGAAAGAGGACUCCCACAUCUAA